AUGGCUACCGCUGUUUCCACCAAGCCCAUGGCACAUCCGGGCAAGAUGAAGCGACCCCCUCCCCCAGCCUUCGUACAGUCUGGCGCCAACGGCUCCCGGCCGGCGCAAACGUCUUCCUCGCCUAUUUCUACUUCAACGAACCGAGCAGGAGCUAUAAAACCAUUCGGCACUUUUUCAUCCUCCGGUACUACUGUGAAUGGAACUGGUGGGCGGGCGGUGGCGAAGGUAAACGGAGACACAUCUCAGAGACCGCAAGACCCUUCGUCACGGCUACAACGUCCAUCAACCAGGCGCCAUGCCAUGGGUAAUGGCAGCGCGGAUGGUAGACAGACUAAAAAACUUGUCGAGCCAUAUGGUGGGGACCCUUACAUCUGUUUGCGCGGCUCUGCCAUACAAUUCUUCAAAACCACUUCUUACAUCUUGAAGAAAUAUGCAAAGUUCCCGCCUUCUUUGACCAUCCACCUUCACCCAACCCAUUUCCGAUUCGAUAAGCAGGAUGGUAGCUUUCCUUAUAACUCGGAAAUGAAAGUGGUCAUUAAACAUCUUAAGGACGGCACAGUGCCCCAUGACAUGAUGGAGGAGCUUAUUAUGGGGAAUGUGCGAUCCCCUUCGGCUGACCCUGCUCCUGUCACAAAAGCUUCAUCCGGGCAGAAACUUAUCCCAUUUUCCAUCCAUAACUAUAACGAACACAUGACGCCCUCUUCUUAUGUUCCAUACCCCAAACAGAGUCAGACCAGUUCCAAUGCUUCAAUUACUCAACCUGCCACAACCGGUCAGACUGUGCAGCCGUCUGCAUCUUCAGAAUCAACCGACGAUUCCAGCAAAUCCAAAGGGAAACAACCUCUUACUGUAGAAUCUGCGAACGGCAAAGCUACCGGACCUAAGGUUUUCACCACGGUCUUGCAUCCUACUCCGCGUUCCCUACAAGCUGAACUCACUAUAUUAUCUAUGAUUCCUGACCCCAGAUCCCCCCAACGGCGUCAAUCUCAAGGUCUCAACAGUUCUCGCACUUCGAACUCUACCCCUCUUGCUCAGCCAUCCACUCCGCUAUCUGCUACUGCUCCUCCCUUGGAGCGAGGACACCCGGCGAAGCGCCAGAAGAUGCUUGUUGAGCCGCACGAAAUUCCAGAAGUUGAGUCAAAAUUGAUUCUUGCUACUGCUCCUCCAUUAUAUCUUGAACCUGUUGACAGCUUAGAAGCUAGUCAGCGGCUGCUCAAACUUCUGGAAUCGCCCUUGCAUUGCCAUAAACCACCUUCACCAAAGACUAGAAGACGUACCGUUGCUGAGCUUGCGGCUGAUGAAGCUCUGGCUGCUGCCGAGGAGCGAUUUAUGCUUAUUAUGGAUGAACGACUUGAACCGGCAAUCUCAGCAGGCGCAAAUGCUGCAAAAUCGGCCGUGGUCGACGGGGAUGGAGGUGCUGUUCCAUUUGAACCCCGGUUCUCUAGAUUCAAAACCCUCGAAAAUAUCCGCAGUCAGCACGAGGAAAGGGCCAGAAGAGAGCACGAGCGGAAGCUACAACAAGAUCACGCAAAGAGGCAACAACAGGAAGCUGAGCGGGAGAAGCGUCGACAAUUUGAACAGCGUCAAGCAGAAAGCCAAUCGCAAGAUGAUGCCCGUCGGCAACUCUAUGCCCAACAAGCUGCUCAGUCACAAGCCCAAGCCCAGGCGCAAGCUCAAGCUCAAGCACAGGCUCAAGCACAGGCGCAAGCACAAGCCCAGGCUCAAGCACAAGCUCAAGCUCAAGCCCAAGCUCAAGCCCAGGCUCAGGCUCAGGCUCAGGCUCAGGCUCAGGCACAAGCUCAUGCCCAUGCACAAGCUCAGGCCCAAGCUCAGGCACAAGCCCAGUCUCAACUCCUAGCAUCUCAUAAUAUGCGGCCAACUUCGCAAGGGAAUUCAGGUAUCCCAGUCACACUCCAACAGCAGCAUAUCAUAUCUGCUUCACAAGCUCCUCACUCUUCGCCAAUCGUUCGAAACCUCACUCCUCAUGCACCUUCGCCUCAUGUUAUGAAUCAAGGUGUGCCCAUGGCAAUGACCAGCUCCGCACAAGGUGCAGGAAGUCCCAUGGCUGUAUCCUCGGGCAUGCAACAUGGCCAUCCGGCUCCUAUGGGCCAUCCUAUGGCUACCACUCGUAGCCAACAGAGUCAUAGCGCCCAUGGCACGCCUCAGAUGACGCAUGGAACUCCUGUGAUGCAUGGAACUCCGAUAAUGCGGAAUAUCACUCCAACUCAGCGAAUGGCUCACCCUAGCCCCGAUGUUUCUACGAUGGCCCAAACGCCCGCUAUGACCCAGGCUAUGGUCAACCCACCUAUGAAUGGGACAAUGAUGACACCUCAAAUGAUACAGCAACGGCAAAAUGCGCUUGCAGCGCAACGUAAUCUCAAUAACCAACAGAUGGCACAGCAACAGAUGUCUCAAUUCCAGGCAAACACUCUUGCACAGCAAGGAAUGCAUCAACAAAUGAUGCCAGGACAGCAACAGCAACAGCAGCAGCCAGGCCAUCCAGGCGCCCAAAUGCAAAAUUCGUACCAAUCUAGCCUUAUCCAGGCGCAGCUAGCUCAGAUGCAAGCCGCCCAACAAGGUCAGCAACGACCAUUACCCCAAAUGACACAACAGCAAAUUAUGGCUGCCGCCGCUGCCGCCGCCAACGGACAGAACCGUCAAAAGAUGGCUGUCAGCCUCCAGUACAAGCAGUUGUACGAAUAUCAUCUUGCUCGUCUGCAGUCCGAGAUGGCCCAGAGGGUCAUGCCUCAGUACGGCCCGCCUUCAAAUUACCCACCCAAUAUCAAGAUGCAGUACGUAAAUGGACUGGGCAAAAUUGCUCAAAACCAUGUCAAUGAUAUCAUGCGAAGGGAUGCCGAGUCCGGCAAAAACCGUGCCGCCACUCAGAUGGCUAUAGCCAGGGCCCAUGCUUUCCAACAGCAACAGCAGCAACAACAGCAGCAGCAGCAGCAGCAGCAGCAGCGAAACAAUAUGGCAUGA